AGCGCGUCGCAGGGACCGGAAGGACCGGUGCGCGCGGGAUGGCUGCAGACAAGGGGGCUGGAAACGCUGAAGCCGUGGAGCGGGUUCUACCCGUGUUGUUGGUGCCGGUCCCCGCCGAGGCAACAGGGCGGCUGGGAUCCCGGGCGCAGUUGCACAGGGAGCAGGAGGUUCUGGGGAGCCUGACGGCUGCAGGCAGCCUUCAUGUGCUUCCCUUGGCGCCCGGCGGCCGGGGCGGGGGCGGCUGCCGCCUGGAAGGCCCUUUUCGGCAGUUUGUAUGGGAGGACUCUCAUAACAGUGGGACACCAACAGACAAGCCCAGACUGCUUGCUCUUAGUGAAAAUAAUGAACUGCUCAUCUGUGAAUUUAAUUUGAAAGAUGGAAGAUGUGAUGCAACCAUUUCAUAUAGCUAUACUGAGGAGACAUUGCAAAAGCUCGUUGAAGAUCAAAUUAUCAGUAUUUCCUUAUUAUCUUUGAGAAUUCUGUCAUUUCACAGUAACACAGCAUUAUUGUUCAUCAAUGAAUAUAUCAUCCUGCACAUUAUAUUUCCUGAAAGAGAUGCUGAGAUUAGGGUACUCAACUGUUUCACAUUAUCCUUGCCUGCACAGGCAGUGGACAGGAUUAUUGACACACAGCUCUGCAGAGGAAUUCUUUUUGUUUUGAGUCGUUUAGGCUGGAUCUACAUUUUUGACACUGUGGAUGGUAGACACGUAGCUCAUGUGGAUUUGGCACUCCCUCAAGAAGAUACGUAUAAUGAGCAGCAACAAGAGCCAGCCAAGAGUUCUUCCUUUACUUCAUUGAAAGUGUCUCAAGACCUAGAUGUUGUAGUGAUUGUCAGCUCCUCCAACACUGCAAUUGCUCUUAACUUAAAUUUGUAUUUCAGGCAAUACCCAGGACACCUACUAUGUGAAAGAACACUAGAAGACAUUCCUAUUGAAGGCCCUAAGGGGAUAGAUGAAGAUGAUCCUGUUAAUUCUGACUACAACAUGAAACUGACCAAGUUUUCCUUCCAAGUUGAUCGGUCUUGGAAAGCCCAGCUGUCAUCACUGAAUGAAACAAUAAAGAACUCCAAACUGGAAGGUACCUGUUGUGCUCCGUGGUUCCAGGAUAUUUUGCAUUUGGAGCCCCCUGAAUCUGGUAACCACAGUACCAGUGUGCCAAACUGGGCCUUCACUCCACAGGAUGUAAUGUGCAGCCAGUAUAAUUUUCCACAGAAAGGUCCUGCCAAGACCAGUGAUUCAGGAAGAUCAUGGAAAAGAAUACACAUCAGUGAACAGGAGGAACCCCUUGAGCUCACAUGUAUGUCUGUGACAGGCUUCACUGUGCUGUUUACUUGGGCAGUUGAAAGGAGGGGCUGUACCAUUGUCCUGUGGGAUUUGGAGACCCAGAGCAUGCAGUGUUUUUCGCUGGGCAAGAAGUGUAUUCCUGUAGACAGUGGUGGACACCAGCAACUGUGCCUUGUUUUGACAGAAGAUGGACUCUCUCUGAUUUUGUUUGGUUUGACUCAAGAGGAAUUUUUAAAUAGGCUAAUGAUCCAUGGAAGUGCCAGCACUGUGGACUCUCUUUGCCAUCUCAAUGGUUGGGGGAGGUGCUCCAUCCCCAUACAUGCGCUAGAGGCAGGAAUAGAAAAUCGUCAGCUGGACACAGUAGAUUUCUUUUUGAAGAGCAAGGAAAAUCUUUUGAGUCCAUCCUCAAAAUCUUCUGUACCUGAUCAGUUUGAUCACUUUCCAUCCCAUUUAUAUUUAAAACAUGUGGAAGAGCUGACACCAGCAUUGGAUUUACUUUGCUCAGCAAUUAGAGAAAAUGAUUCUGAAACUCAGAGCAAACACUUUUCGGAACAAUUGCUUAAUCUUACACUGUCUUUCCUUAACAAACAAAUAAAGGAGCUUUUUAUUCACAAUGAAGGGCUAGAUGAACAUCUACAGAAAGGAGUGAACAUUUUGACCAGUUACAUUAAUGAACUUCGAACCUUCAUGAUAAAGUUUCCUUGGAAGCUAACAGAUGCUAUAGAUGAAUAUGAUGUAAAUGAAAAUGUCCCCAAAGUAAAGGAGAGCAAUAUAUGGGAGAAGCUCAGCGUUGAGGAAGUUAUUGCCAAUGCCAUUUUAAACAACAAAAUACCAGAGGCACAAACUUUCUUCAGGAUUAACAGUCAUUCUGCUCAAAGACUCGAGGAGUUGAUUAGAAUAGGCCUAGAUUUGGUCUUUGACAAUUUGAAAAAGAAUAAUAUAAAGGAAGCCUCUGAGCUUUUGAAGAAUAUGGGCUUUAAUGUAAAAGACCAGUUGCUCAAGAUAUGCUUCUAUACAACUGAUAAAAACAUACGGGACUUUUUGGUUGAAACUUUAAAAGAAAAAAAUUAUUUUUCUGAAAAAGAAAAAAGAACUAUAGACUUCGUGCAUCAAGUUGAGAAGUUUUAUUCAGGACAUUUCCAAGAAAAUAUGCAGAUCCAGUCUUUUCCCAGGUAUUCAAUAAAGGAACAGGAUUUUUUCAAGCACAAGUCUGUUUUGGACUCAUUCCUGAAAUAUGAUCAUAAAGAUACAGAUAAACUUAACAAGCAAGAUCACAGAAUUGUGUUAACUUGGGCUCAGUGGUGGAAUCAACUAACACAAGAAUCCAUCCUUCUCCCCAGGAUAAGUCCAGAAGAAUACAAAUCAUAUUCUCCCGAAGCCCUCUGGAGAUACCUCACAGCUCGCCAUGAUUGGUUCAGCAUUAUCUUGUGGAUUGGAGAAUUUCAGACCCGGGAUAGUCAUGCCUCACUUCAGCAGAACAAAUGGCCCCCUCUGACUGUUGACGUUGUUGAUCAGAAUACUCGCUGCAGCAACUACAUGAGGAAUGAAAUUUUAGAUACGCUGGCCAGGAAUGGAAUUUUUCUUACAUCUGAACUAGAAGACUUUGAACUCUUUCUCAAAAGACUGAACCGUAUUGGGGGCGUGAUGCAAGAUACCCUCCCUGUUCAAAACUAUAGGUCCAAAGAUGGUUGGGAUUUCCAUUGUCACUUCAUUCUCUAUUGUUUGGAACACAGUCUGCAGUAUCUUCUUUAUGUCUUUCUUGACUAUUACAAACUUAGUCCUCCAAAUUGUCCCUUCUUGGAAAAAAAAGAAUUACAUGAAGCUCACCCUUGGUUUGAAUUUUUAGUUCAGUGUCGACAAGUUUCCAGUAAUUUAACAGAUCCCAAACUGAUCUUCCAGGCUAGCCUUGCAAAUGCUCAGAUACUGAUUCCCAGCAACCAGGCCAGUGUAAGCAGUAUGCUAUUAGAAGGACAUACCCUCCUGGCCCUUGCUACCACAAUGUAUGCCCCUGGGGGCGUCAGCCAGGUUGUUCAGAAUGAAGAAAAUGAGAACUGCGUGAAGAAAGUAGAUCCCCAGCUACUGAAGAUGGCAUUAACUCCUUACCCCAAGCUUAAAACUGCUCUCUUCCCACAGUACACUGCCCCUAGUGUCCUGCCACCAGAUAUUACACUCUACCACCUGAUUCAGUCAUUAUUGCCCUUUGAUCCUAGCAGAUUGUUUGGCUGGCAGUCUGCCAACACACUGACUAUAGGAGAUGCAGCGAGUCAGCUCCCACAUUUCUCUAGCCCUGACCUGGUUAAUAAAUAUGCUAUAGUAGAACGUCUGAAUUUUGCUUAUUAUUUAUAUCAUGGACGACCGUCGUUUGCGUUUGGUACUUUUCUGGUUCAGGAAUUAACGAAGAGCAAGACCCCCAAGCAGCUGAUCCAGCAAGUAGGCAAUGAAGCCUAUGUUUUAGGGCUCUCCUCCUUCCACAUACCUUCAAUAGGAGCUGCCUGUGUUUGUUUCUUAGAACUGCUUGGCCUCGACAGCCUCAAGCUCAGAGUUGAUAUGAAAGUGGCCAAUGUAAUUUUGAGCUACACGUGUAGAAAUGAAGAUGCUCAGUACAACUUUAUCAGAGAGUCUCUAGCUGAAAAACUAUCUAAACUGGCUAUGGGUGAAAAGUCAACCAUAGAAGAAUUGCUUGUUCUCUUAGAAGAAGGUAUAUGGGACAGCAUUCAGCAGCAGGAAAUAAAGAGGUUAUCCAGUGAAUCCAGCAGCCAGUGGGCAUUAGUGGUACAAUUCUGCAGGCUCCACAAUCUGAAACUGAGCACAUCUUACCUUAGAGAAUGUGCCAAAGCAAAUGAUUGGUUACAGUUUAUUAUUCACAGCCAACUCCAUAAUUACCACCCAGAGGAGGUGAAAUCUCUUCUCCAGUAUUUCAGCCCUGUUCUUCAAGACCACUUAAGACUGGCUUUUGAGAACUUGCCCUCAGUGUCCAAGUCUAGAAUGGACAGUGAUCAAGUCUGCAACAAGUCCCCGCAGGAACUCCAAAGAAACAAAGAAGAGACGACUGAUUUCUUUGAAAUUCUGCUUCAGUGCUCAGAGGUGCCAAACUCCUGGUGCUGGCUCCUGGCAGAAGCAGUGAAACAACAGGCCCCAAUCCUUAGUGUCCUGGCCUCAUGUGUCCAGGACGCCAGUGCUAUUCCUUGCCUCUGUGUUUGGAUCAUCACUUCUGUGGAGCACAGUGUUGCAGCUGAAGCAAUGGGACACAUUCAGGGCUCAAUAGAGGGCCAUACCUGGGACCUUGAGGACCUCUCAGUCAUCUGGAGGACAUUAUUAACACGGCAGAAGAGCAAAACUCUCAUCAGCGGUUUCCAGCUUUUCUUUAAGGAGUCCCCAUUACUCUUUAUGAUGGAGAUGUAUGAACUGUGUAUGUUCUUCAAGAAUUAUGAGGACGCCAAAGCUAAACUUCUGGAGUUCCAGAAGAGCCUUGAAACUCUUGAAACAGCAGCCACAAGGGUCGACGCUAUCAUUCCUGCCCCAUGGCUGAAGGAGCAUGUGUAUUUUCUUUUGAAGCUUAUGCUGCAGCAGUGUAGGACCCAGUAUGAGCUGGGGAAGCUUUUACAGCUGUUUGUUGGAAUAGAGCAUCUCUUCUCUGAUGGUAAGACAAUACUUCCCCAGUAUGAGCUGGGGAAGCUUUUACAGCUGUUUGUUGGAAUAGAGCAUCUCUUCUCUGAUGGUCCAGAUGUGAAGAAGCUGUGUGCCCUUAGCCAAAUUUUGAAGGAUACAUCCAUAGCCAUUAAUCGUGUAAUUAUUACCAGCUACAGCCUUGAGAAUUUUCAGCAUGAAUGUAGAUCAAUUUUAGAAAAACUGGAGACAGAUGGAUACUUUGCUUUGGCCAGGAGGGUAGCAGAACUAGCUGAGCUACCUGUGGACAACUUGGUUAUUGAAGAGAUAACACAGGAAAUGCAGACCUUAAAACACAUUGACCAGUGGUCCCUGAAACAAGCAAGAAUUGACUUCUGGAAAAAAUGUCAUGAGAAUUUUAAGAAAAAUUCCAUUUCAAGCAAAGCAGCUUCUUCCUUUUUCUCAGCCCAGGCUCUUACGGCAUGUGAGUGCCCAGCUGAAGAGGGACCAAGCAGCACUGAGGAGCGCCAUCUGCUGCUCACUCUGGCAGGACACUGGCUUGCCCAGGAGGACCUGGUGCCUUUGGAAGAGCUGGAGGAGCUAGAGAAGCAGAUCUGGCUCUGCCGCAUCACCCAGCACACCCUCAGGGGAAGCCAGGAGGAAAUAGCCCCCAGAUGUUCUCAACAGAUUUCAACUAGUGGUGAACUUUCCUUUGAAAGCUUAGCCAGUGAGUUUUCAUUCUCUAAGUUGGCUGCUCUGAACACAUCAAAAUACUUAGAAUUUAAUGGCCUUCCAUCCAAAGACACUUGUGAGAACAAACUGAAUUGGAAGGAGCAGGAGUCCCUCAACUUUUUGAUUGGGUGCCUAUUGGAUGAUGGCUGUGUGCAUGAAGCAAGUAGAGUAUGCCGAUAUUUUCAUUUCUAUAACCAAGAUGUUGCCUUGGUGUUGCAUUGCAGAGCACUAGCUUCAGGGGAAGCUAGUGUGGGUGACCUGCACCCGGAGGUCCACGCUCUCUUACAAAGUGCUGAGCUGCUUGAGGAAGAAGAAGAACCUGGCACUCCUCUAAGAAAAGUCCAAAGCACUUCAAGUCUGGAUAGUCAGUCAUCUGGGAUGCUGCCCCCCAGUGAUGAAGCGGUGACUACUCUGGAAACUCUGACAAGCAAGUGCCUCCAUGGGAAGAGUUAUUGCCGGCAGGUCCUCUGUCUCUAUGCACUUGCCAAGGAGUUGGGCUGUUCCUACACUGAUGUCGCUGCCCAGGAUGGUGAGGCCAUUCUCCGGGUAAUCUUGGCCUCUCAGCAGCCUGACCGAUGCAAGCGAGCUCAAGCCUUCAUCAGCACCCAGGACCUCGAGCCAGACACAGUGGCUGAACUUGUGGCUGAAGAGGUGACCCGGGAGCUGCUGACCCCAUCAGAGGGAACAGGACAUAAGCAAACGUUCACCCCAACAGAGGAAAGCCAGACGUUUCUUCAGCUGACCGCUCUGUGUCAAGACCGCACCUUGGUAGGCAUGAAGCUGUUGGAUAAGAUUUCCUCCGUUCCCCAUGGAGACUUGUCUUGCACCACAGAGCUGCUGAUCCUGGCUCAUCACUGCUUCACACUGACAUGCCACAUGGAGGGCAUCAUCCGAGUCCUGCAGGCUGCCCGGCUGCUCACAGACAACCACUUGGCCCCCAGUGAGGAGUAUGGACUGGUGGUGCGUCUCCUCACUGGCAUUGGAAGGUACAAUGAGAUGACAUACAUAUUUGAUUUGCUGCAUAAAAAACACUACUUUGAAGUGCUGAUGAGGAAGAAAUUGGACCCGAGUGGUACCCUGAAGACGGCCCUACUGGACUACAUCAAACGCUGCCGCCCUGGGGACAGUGAGAAGCACAACAUGAUUGCCCUGUGUUUCAGCAUGUGCCGGGAGAUUGGGGAGAACCAUGAGGCAGCUGCCUGCAUCCAACUGAAAUUGAUUGAGUCUCAGCCCUGGGAGGACAGCCUCAAGGAUGGGCACCAACUGAAGCAGCUGCUGCUGAAGGCCCUAACUCUGAUGGUGGAUGCAGCAGAGAGUUAUGCCAAGGACUCCUGCGUGCGACAGGCCCUGCACUGUCACCGGCUCACCAAGUUGAUAACACUGCAGAUUCACUUUCUGAACACCGGCCAGAACACAAUGCUCAUCAACCUGGGCCGCCACAGGCUGAUGGACUGUAUCAUGGCCCUACCUCGGUUCUACCAGGCUUCUAUUGUGGCUGAGGCCUAUGACUUUGUUCCUGAUUGGGCUGAAAUUCUAUACCAACAAGUGAUUCUUAAAGGAGACUUUAAUUACUUGGAAGAAUUUAAGCAGCAAAGGUUAUUAAGAUCCAGUAUAUUUGAAGAAAUUUCAAUAAAAUGUAAACAUCAUCAGCCUACUGACUUAGUUGUGAAAAACCUGAAGAGGUUACUCACAUAUUGUGAAGAUGUCUACUUGUAUUACAAGCUGGCAUACGAACACAAAUUUUAUGACGUUGUAAAUGUGCUUCUGAAGGACCCUCAGACAGGCUGCUGUCUAAAGGACAUGCUAGCAGGUUAGCUGGAUUCAGAUGACAUGAGGAUGGUUACUGCCAAAAAUUCAUACGUGCCUGUUUUCUUAUACUGAAAUGAGGUACUGACAGAUGUUUGUGGUCAGACUAGAGAAAUGCCAUGGGGAUCUUUGAUGUCUGAUUGUAAAACCCCAGGACUGACCAUACCAGUCCUUUGUGAAUAGUGGGUGAAGAAGGAGAAUUUUCACAAGGAAAUUCCUAUUUGAAAAUAAUUAUUCAUCUAUACCAUUUUAUAUAGAUAUUGGUAUUAAGAUCAAAAGCUCCAUCUUCCUCAGGAUAGCUUCUACUUUAGGAGAUGAUACAGUAUUUAGUAAAGAAUACCUGUGCCUGCAGAUUCCAGUUUCAAAGGAAUUUAAUAUUAUUUACACAGUUAAGGAACAGAUGAUACAUUUCCAUUUAUUAGAAACUGAUCUCUAUAAUAAAAUAGAUUUUAAA